CCCAGCACCACCAUCCCCAGCACCACCAUCCCCAGCACCACCAUCCCAGCACCAUCAUCCCAGCACCACGACCUCUCCUCGUCUCCGAGCCCACGGUAGCAGGACCUGACUGCCUGGGCUGCCGGGCUGCCCGGCUGCCACGCUACCACGCUGCAAUCUCGUCUCAUAAAUGCCAUCGCCCACAUCCCUGCCCGGCCCAGCAGCCCAGCUUGCCCGGCAGCCCCUCAGCCAGCCCCUCGGCUCCUCAGCUCCUCAGCUCCCGUGGCGGCUAAAAGAGCCCGCCGGCGCCAUCACCUUUGCCAACCGUCGCCCCUCCCCGCCGCCCUGGCAGCCUGGUUUCAGCACAUCUGCAUCUGCUCCGUAGCGUAGUUACCUCCCGGGUCCCGACACCUCUCGGCCUCGUGCACCUCGUGCACCGCGUGCAUCUCGUGCCACAGUGCUCCAAGACUCAACCGACCCUGCCGCAAUGUCCACUCCCAACGUGCAGAACCUCAAGGACCAGAACGCCGCCUACGCCCAAGGCUUCACGCACGGCCAUCUCGAGCUGCCACCCGCCAAGAAAUACCUAGUCGUGACCUGCAUGGACGCCCGUAUCGACCCCGCUGCAGCUUUCGGCAUCUCCCUCGGCGACGCCCACGUCGUCCGCAACGCCGGCGGCAGUGCGAGGGACGCCCUACGAAGCAUCAUCAUCUCACAGCAGCUGCUCGGCACCCGCGAGAUCAUCCUCGUCAAGCACACAGGCUGCGGCAUGCUGACCUUUGCCAACAACCAUGCCCACGGCCUCGUCGCCGACAGGCUGGGCCCCACUGCCGCUGCCGAGAUCGCAUCCCUCGACUUUUUGCCCUUUACAAGCCUCGACCAUGCCGUACACGACGACAUUGACUUCCUCAAGAAGCAAUCGGCCGUCCCAACCCAUGUCGACAUUUCAGGCUGGGUAUAUGACGUCGAGACAGGAAAGGCCAGGCAGCUUGUCUGAAGGGCGCCUCGACCCCAAUGUGACUGACCCACCGGCGGGCUUUGUGUGAGUUGUGCACAUAUCGGGGAUGGGUAUCAGCCUAGCUCUUGCAGUCAGACUCUUGAGGACCAGCGCAAGUGUGACUGGUGGUUUUCCCUCACAGUCAUGUCGUCAACCCCCAGCCAUUUGCAUCAUAUACACCUAGGCCUCAUCCAUGCUACAUCCUAUCACAAGGUGACCAGGCCAUCGGCGUUUUUUCAUGUGAAAAAAAAAGAGGAAGAAAAGAGAACAGAUGGGAGCGCCUUAAUCGACACUAACUAAACCCAAAGUUGCACAAUGCCCAUUACUGGAAUCGAACCAGUCACCUCAUCAUCACCAUCUCGCGGUACUAGUGAUGCGCUCUACCGAUGAGCUAAACGGGCUGGCGACGGAUCCAUUUGCGGUCUUAUGAUUGUGGGCACGUGGGCUGUGCUGCGACAGUGGGCGGAACAUUGUCAAGCCCGUUGCAGACCAUGGUUAUCUUCUCGAUCCGCUCCCUGUGACCAAGGGGAGGGUGUGGCACGGUUGAAUUGCCUGGGUAGCCAGUAGGUCGACUUGUUUUGCGACUGUGGGUGUGGCAUAGUCCUUCGAACAAAUCUCACUGGAGAUGACUGUUGCCUCUCUUACUCCGUCGUUACUUCGUGACCCAACCCUCCUUUGCAACCACGCCAGCAGUGCCCAUGCAGAGCACAAAUAGCAAUGCAGACUUUAUAUCCAUCGGAUCUCUACCGACUUGCUGUGAUGCAAAUGGGCCUUCGUCCCUGGGAACAAAAAUUUACCCGAGAUGAACACACUUGUAAGGUUGUAGCGGUCAGGAGCUCGUGGUGUCCGACUCCAGGAGAAGGAAUGCUGCAAGCAGGGUGUGCUGGUAGACAACCCGCGCCAUCCAUCCACUGCCUCCCACGGGACAAUAUGACACGUCCACUUGGUCACCAAAGACUGGACCUUGCUUCAAAGCGGGCCCCUUGAGACUUGAGAG